CAUCGGUCAGGAAAGCUGAAGCUGGGGCACGGGCAGUCGAAACUAAAUACCCAAAAGCGUUUGUGAUCGCGCCAACGGUUGCCAAAUAUGGCAAGAAUCUCGGGUUUCGCGCGGCGCGUCGCUGGCACACCACCAGCCUGCAAAAACGCCCUCUAUUCCCGUCUAAUACUCGUGAAAAACACGUAAAAACGUUUUUAUUUCUGUAGCGAGCGGCCUCUAAAUUUAGGCCGUAUGGAAACCGAAAGUAAUACGAGCGAUUUUGGUUGGGGCCGAGUUGUCUGUAUUUAGAUUAGACCGGAGCGGGCGCAGCGACGCACAGUGGUGGCGAGUUGCGCCUUCGACCCUGCGCGGCUGAUAACGCGUCCCGGCGGUCCCACAGGCCCGCGCCUGCCGCAGCCCUCCGCGGCCCUCAGUGAAUAGUGCAUUGUGAUCUCGGACGAUACGCGCAUCCAGAUAUUACCUCGCAACGUGCGCUACCACCGCAAGAACGUCCAUGAAAAGUUCCGUGUUUCUGUUACAGUGUUCUUCUUAUAAAGGAUUUGGAUGUCACAAAUGCUUCCUGAAGGCGGAGAAGUGAUGCGCCGCGCGGCAUGCGGCGACGUCUGCCCUGCGCUUGCACCGCCCGCGCCCGCCCCACUGCAUCCCCAAGGACAUAACAAAACAUCGGAGAACAAAGAGCUUCUUCGCCAACAACUUCUAUCUUCGAGUAAAGAACGUGCAGAUAAAGCAGAACCUCCUAAGCCGAAACACGCACGAAAUCGUCAGAAAAACCGAUGGAAGCUCAAAUUUCAUCACCAAGCGUUACCGCAAGAGUACCUUGACCAUUACGAGCAAAGCUUGCAAAAAGCCAACGCCAAACAAGCUACUUUGAAACAGAAACAACCCGAAAAGCAAAAAGCAGAACCAAACUUUGAUAUAAAUAAUUUCACAAACGAAACGUUCAAGAUAUGGGCGCAGCGGCUGGCCGGCAUACAAAAUGAAACGGGUACGCUGACUGUGCCACAAACACCUAACGCUUUAAACAUGGCGAACAAAUCACACAACAAGGCAGAAGAAAAGAAAAAGAAAAGUCCUGCUAUAGCACCGAGCAAGAUAGUAACUUAUGAAGACUUGCCAUACAUGGGAGAAAUGACUUUAAACAACUCCAAACCUCGUAGAGGUCGUAAACCAAAAAAAGCUGAUAUUUGUCAUUUAAUUUACGAAAAUUAUGGCACAGUUGUACCUGGCCAGCCUCCGCCUGUUCAGGAUCGCGUAAAUCAAUUAAGCAUGUGUCCUCCAUUUCGGACAGAAAACCCUGUUAGUACCUCUAAAACUGAUUUACAAAAUAAAAUAAUUACUAGCUUACUAGAGCGUAAAUUAUCACAAGAGAAUAAGAGAAGAUUGGAAAAUCCUUCGCCCCCGAGAUUUAAUAAUCCAGAUGAUCCGAUGCCUGAAGCUCCAGUAACUAUUGCCGGACCUUUGCAUAGCGACGAUGAGCCUCUCAAUCUGUGUAUCCGAGACCUUCAUGAUCUCAAAAUACAAAUUCAAAAGAAAUUUGGCAACAUAUACACAUCUAUGCCCGAGGUUAAAACUGAAAUUGAUGUAAAUAAUUGUGAACAAGAAGGCGUUAAAUCUGAGCAACCUAACGCAAUAUCAGUAAUACAGCGAAAUACAAACUUACCACCGCCGACGGCAAGUAGUUCACCUGACCUAUCACGGCAAACGAGGAAUAUCUCUCCAACUCUCUCAGAGCCGGCGCAAUCCACAGCUAGCCCAGACGGUGAUGGCAAGUUUCCAGGUUACAUAUACUGGCCUAACGCUGGAGUAUACAUGCAUCCAUUAGCUUUACAAACACAGUUACUUUAUUACCAACGCCUGGCCGCUGCUGGUCAAUUGCCCCUGUCUCCCGAAGAACAAGAGAGAGUAUUAUCAACUCCAAACAGCGCGAAUGAAAGUAAUUCGACUGAACCAAAUUCACCAUCAGUUGAUGACAGUAAAAACAAACUUGUCCUUAAACAAAUAUCUGAAUUGCUUGACCCAAAAGUAAUAAAGCAGGUGGAAGAAGCGAAGCGUAGUCCAGAUCAAUCAAAAAUGAAACGAGCUUCUCCAAAUCCUACUUCAGGUCCUGUGAAAAGAAAAAGGUCGGCGAUAUUUAUACCGCCGAUGCCUGUGAGGAGCAACUCCACUACUCCAACUACGGAAGUUAGUAUUUGCAAGUUCAAAUUUACAGGAGGCUCGAAGCCCUCAUUACAGGAAAAGAAGAUGUUGUCUGUCGAUUCCGGUGGUAAUUUCAGGUAUUAUAGCGGCACAGGAAAUAAGGGUAGUAAUAAGGGAUAUGAUUACCUCCAAAGAGAUUCAAACCAAGGCAGGAAUUCUGAUCCGGUUGCAGAAGCAUCGGUGUCGACGUUGCCGAAGGUUGACGGGCAGAGCGCGGGUUCGUAUAAAGAAGACCUAAACAAAAAGAAAAGAAAGUCAAGGAAAAGUUUACAGAGAGAGAAACUCGAGCAAACUUUUAAAGAAAAAGGCUUUUUGAUCCAGACCCAGCAACUUCAAUCAGCAGAGGGUGCGACUUAUUGUAAAUUUAGGCAGCUUAGAAAAUUUACCCGUUACUUGUUUAGAAGUUGGAAAGAUUAUCUCCCGGGAGAAUUGGACGAAAGGACGGGCGAGCAGGUCCCGCCGUCCGCAGAACCGUCACCAACCAAUGACGGGCCGGUCCCGGGCGAAUGGGGCUGAUCAUAACGCGUCCUCGUACCAAUAUCUCGGUUCUCACAAUAAACCAAAGAAGUAUGACGUGGAUUUUUUUAACCUGGCUACUAAUUUUGCAGGUGGCCGAUUAAUGCAUUUAUAAUAAAUUGUCUUUAAUAGUGAGAUUUUUACAAAUUUAACACGUAAAGUUUUUGUUUGUUCUCCUCGCCACUCCGUCCACAUUAUUUAUUUCUUUUAUAUUUGAGUGCUUUGCUUUACAUAUACGUUAGGUUUUGUUUUGUACGAUGUACAUAUUUAUUUUUUGUAUCGUUUAUAGAUACGAAACAGUGCGCAGCACACAAAAUUAAUAAACAAAAAUAUACGGUUGCUAUAAAAUGGGUGGAACUGUGAUUAUUAACAUUCUGAUAACGCCCGCGCCGCUGUAACAGGUACAUCACAUGUGGAAUAAUAUAUCCAAGUAUAUAAUAAUGCUUUAGCCUUUGUAAGGUUUUAUUUAUAUAAAAUAAUAUUUUCAGAUAUUAGUCUUAUAUGAUUACUAAAACUAGUCAACUGACACCUUCUUUAUUAACAUAGGUAUUAGUUAAAUUUUCAAUGUGUAUUAAGUACUCUAAUUCUCUGUACAUAUUGAAUUUAAAAGGAGUUAUUCUAGUCAUUUAGAGUAAGAUAUAAAUUGUUAUUAUUAACUGACGUAGAGUUAACGUCUGUGUUAAGACAGCGCCGUGGCUGAUAGCUGACAAUAGAGAAGCUUCGACAAGCGCACGAGCAACCAGCUAAAACAUUUUUUGUAGUUUAAUGCUGGAGGUAUUGUCAUAACCGCCAAUGAGCCCAGCUACGGCGCUGUUACAAGGUAAAGGUUUUGUAUUGUAAUAAAUAAUAGACUUCAUUUUGUAUUAUAUAAACUUUAUUACAGAAGAACUGAUUCUGUGAUAAAAUUGUUAAACAAAAAUGCAACCAACGGGAAUGUAAUAUAUACCACUUUCCAAUAAUAAAAAAAUAACCAUAACAUAUUGUGUAUGAAUUAACAACAAAAUACAAGAAGGAAGCCCUUAUAAGCUACGACAUGAUUAUAUGUAUUUGAAAACGUUACUUAUUUAUCUAUAAA